GUUUUCCUUUAUAUACACUCUUAAAUUUAACAUUAGAUCAUCAGUUUUAUGAAGUUGACAGGUUAAUGAAAUCAAUGUGUGUGUCAUCACCAUCCCAUUGGAAUAUGAAAUAAACUUGUGUACGUUAUUUGCUGUCGAAUCGCAAAAGCAUGCGAGAGUAGCCUCCCCUGUUUUUUUGACAGUUCGUGACCAACUUUUCAUGCUUCAGUGUUCUUUAUGUAUACAGGACACCGGAUGUAAUAAUCACUUCAAAAAUGGCUUGCCCUGUUAAAACAUUUAUCUUUUUUGUUCUGAAUUGCCUGUUGUCAUUGUACGGCAGUGUCAGUGCCAAUAAAACCUCCGCUUAUGGUGCUUAUGGAGUGGAGGUUACAUCACACCAAGAAUUUCCUGUUCUGGUGAUGGAAAAUUAUGAAAAGAUGUUGUCCUUCACAUUAAGGAACUUCAGAGGUGAUGUUUUGGAGAUAGUGCCUGUAAUGGAAAAUCCAGAAGUGGCAGAAAUGGAAAUGAAUUCAUCCGAGACAUUGCAGCCUCACGAGACUAAAAAUUUCACAGCCAAGGUCAAAGCAAAGUUUCUUGGUAGAACUAAGCUGAAAUUGUUUGUCAAUACUUCUCAGGUCACAGAACAUGAUAUGUAUGAAAUUGCAAGCACCGGAGCAGGGGAACCCUUGGAGUGGUAUGAACAGCCAGAGACGUAUGAAGUCACUGUCAGUCGGGACGAGAGCCCCCUAAGCCACGCCUUCACGGGAACUGUGAUCAUCCUUGUGUGCCUGGCCAACAUCGCCAUGGGAUGCAAGACUGAGCUGGCAGUGGUCAAGGAGGUGUUGAGGAGGCCAACGGGGCCUCUCACUGGCAUGUUCUCACAGUUUAUCCUCAUGCCUAUGAUUGCCUUAGCAGUUAUCUUCGCAUUCCGGUUUGACUCUGCUAAUGCGCUUGGUUUCUUCGCGAUGGCAUGUUCCCCAGGUGGAGCGGCCAGCAAUGCCUACACUUAUCUCCUCGAUGGGGAUGUCUCCCUCAGUGUCACCAUGACACUCUGCAGUACCCUUCUCUCUCUAGGCAUGAUACCACUCUGGUUGUUUACUGUUGGGUCCCAUGUUCUGAACGAGACAGAUGUUAAGAUUCCAUACACCAACAUUCUCACGUCGCUGGUCGGCCUCAUAAUCCCUGUGGCCCUGGGUAUGCUCCUGCAGUGGCGCAAGCCUAACUGGGCCAAGUAUGUUGUGCGGGGGAUACGUCCACUCAUGGUCAUCUUCUUUAUAUUUGUCUUCACAGUCGGUGUGUACUCCAACCUCUACAUAUUCACGUUAAUGCGCAACAAGCCAGAGAUACUCCUGGCUGGGGCCCUUGUGCCGUAUGUAGGCUUCAUAUUCGGAGGCCUUGUUGCCAUAGUAACCCGUCAGAGCUGGGAGCGAGUACGCACCAUCUCCAUAGAAACAGGCAUCCAAAACACCGGCAUUGCCAUCGUCCUGUUAAAGGUGUCCCUGCCUUCUCCAGACAGCGACCUCAGCAUUGUGGCUCCAAUAGCCUCAGCCAUCUUCACCCCGAUUCCAAUGCUGGUGGCCAUCAUCUGGUACGAGAUCUACAAGCGAUGCUACAAGAAGAAGAAGGAAGUCUACAUUGAUGACCAUGAGGGAGAGAGUGAUGUGGAGAGUGGAGUGGAAGGGGAGUAUCACCGCCAUGAUAACUGCUAUGUAGAGCUGAAAGAAAACAACAACUUGCAUAAUGGUGUGAAAUAGCAUUUAAUAACUGUAUUAACUACAACAUUGAUUUUACAUGAAAAAAGGUUGUGAGAUAAAAUUGUGAAUACAUUUACCAGUAUGUUGUUUAUAAAGGCAGUGUAGUUUGUGCUUUUUAUUGUAUUUCAGCUGAGUGUGAAUUUGUUCUGUCUGUGCAUGUCUUUUACAUUAUAAGACUGAAACUGAAAGUAUAUUUACAGAUAAUUUCUAAGAUUGUUAUCCACUUAAGAAAAUCAUUAAUAGGUCAAGUGAAGAUUGCAAAUUGAUACUCAGAACACUUUCUACCAUUUUUAAAUUGGUUUAUCAGUAGAAAUAAACGUACAGAAAUACUUUCAACUGUACUUGUACUUGCCAGUAUAAGGGUGGAGGCCAAUAUCAUAAGCUCAGACUUAAAGAAAAAGAUUCCCAAAAUUGAUUGCAGACCGAAAAGAUUGCGAUCUGUUGGCUAGGUUAAAAAAGUUGAAAAUACACGAAGUUUUUUAAGGUUAACCAGUAUAUUAAAUACAUGAUCAGAUCAGUAUGGUCAGAAAACAACUGGCAGCAUUUUUGUGUUCUUAUUUGUGAAAUUUAAUUAUUUCAACUUAAAACUCAUUUUGCAUCAAAACAGCUAUUGAAAUAACUUAUUACUGUACAUUAUAUAACUUUAUUGCCAUAAAGCUUUGCUUGAAUCUGCAUUGUAUAUGAAUUUUAGCUUUUUUUACUACACUAGUUUUUGAUAAGGUAGCACCAAAAGUGUAUACAGACUUAGUCCUUUUGUAAAAGCUGAAAUAACGGAAUUCCGUUUUCAAACCACAUUACAGCAAUAAUUGGUAGAAACUAGUGUACAUAUUUGGUGUGAAAUGUAUGUUACAUCAUAAUUGAGAAGAUAUAAUUUUUAUUAAACACACUUGUUAUCUACAACACAUUUAAUAGACAGUAACUUUAAUUAUUCAGCAUCGACAACCACUGUCCAACAACCAUGUUAUGUGGUUAGGUUUUUAAAGCUGGACAUUACAGAUAAACCAAGAUGAUAGAGAGGGAAAUUAUUUAAGUGUCAGAUCAUAGUCCAAUUCACUGAGUGAGUACCAAAAGCUAUAUUCAAUAAGCGGUAAAGCUAGAAACAAAAUAUUUACUUUUGGUGUUCACAAAGUGAUAUUUUUUACCCGAACCCUGUGGGCUACUACUUCUUAAUUUUUUGUAUAUUUUCAUUUCUGUCUUUUUUAUUUUACAUACUUUAAAUUUUAGUCUACAAAUUUUAAUUGUUAUGUUUUUAUUGGUAUAUAUACAAUGUAUUCAUGUACCAUCAACUUUGUCUUUUAGUUUUGAAAACAUGUCUACCAGAAGUAGUUUUUUGCUGUUAUUUUCUGUUAACUAUAUUGUCAUUGAUUUGAUCCAGUUUUUCUAAAGAAAUACCUCAACAGAUCUGCAGAUAGAAGUGAUCAUUUUAGCUCUGAUUUAGGUUGUAGCAUCAUUGAUUUUGGAAUGCUUUAUAUAUAUUUCCACUAUGGACCAAAUUAUACAUUAUUUUGCGAUGAUAUAGGGACACAUUGUUGCCAAAAUAUUAUCAUUUUCUACAAAUUUUAACAUAAUUAUAUUGAUACAGAGCAAAACAUAAUUCUGAAAUCAAAAUAAUUGUUGGUGUUUUCCCCAAGGAUUUCUACACGUGCCAUUCACUUAACAUUCAUCUUUGAAUAGAUCUUACUGUUUUACUUCAAUCAUAAACAAGCAUUAUUAGUUGCAUUAUUAGUUUAAUACACCAGUAACAUUAAAUAUAGAAGAAAAAUGCUAUUUGUACUCUAAGGUUUGUGCUGAGUGAGUAUAUUGGGGGAAAAUGGUUCUACUCUAGUUGCAAUAAAUAAUAAUAGUCUGUUGCCACACCUUAUUUCUUAUACGGAACUAGGCAUGCUUUAUCAAGAAGGCCUAUUCAAUACACCUAUUUGAACACAAUUUCAGAGGAUUUCUGAUUUCACUAAUUUGAUUUCAUCACAGAUAUCAUUGCAUUCAUUCAUUACUGAAAUACAUGUCCAAUUAAUACUGAAUGAAACAUGUUGAGAGAAUGUUAUAAAACAGCCUCUGGCAUCGUGAAUCAUCACAUUUUAAUUGUAAAUUAUGAAGAUAAGUAAAAUAACUAGAUCAUCACCAAUAAUAGUUCACAUGACACUAGGAAAUGAUAGCUAAUGUCAACUAAUUUGUUGCUGAAUUCUGAUAAAUUUUAGUCAAUAAACUGUUAAUGGUUUAAUAAGUUGUUUUAAAUGUUAUUGAUACAGAUGUUUAUAUACACAAAGCAAUAUAGUUAUUUUUCAAACAGAAUGUUGAGUUUUUGUUGUACAGAGUUUGUCUGUAUCGUUAAAAUAAAUGAUGUAUCCAGA